AUGAGCUCAUUCAAGACCACGCUUCGUGCGGUCUGCGCAGCGGCCCUGAGCACGAUGGUCGAAGCGCGAUCCGAGCUACCGCUAUCGUCGACCGACCCCAAAGCAAGCCUCAAGGAAGAUACCGAAGUGACCUUCGACCCGCUCGGUGUCGCCGCCGUGCUCCAUAACCCCCGGGCCAAUAAUAGCGCCGCCAUGCUGUAUACUCAGUCGGACCACGGGAUUUUCACGUGGCCACAUACCAUGAUGAUUGGAGGCACCUUGCCCGCGAUGAAAAUGCUUGUCGAUCAUCUCACGGAGGAAAUGAAAUCCACGCAUCCCGCAAUCACCAUGUGCGCACAAAUCACCACCAUGUUACCCGUUCGCUCCGACGUCUCAGGCUCCGUGUUUCGUGAACUCCCUCUAGAUUCGAGCAACGCUUGGCUGAACCACGUUGUGUCUUUCAAAGCUUCACCCAAGCCGGGUAACGAUUUUGCGGUGGUCUGCGUCGAUGGUAUUCGCGAGGAUGUGCAUGUGCGAAAACAGAGGGUCAAGGACACCAUAGGUUCCCUCCGCUGGUGGAUCGCCACCUUGACAUUGGACCUGAUAAGUCUGCUCAAUGGACUCAUGAUGGUCACGGGGCUAGUGAUGGGGGUUCUGGUGGCCGACAUAUGGGCGGCGGUGUUGUUCUUCUUAUACUGGUGUCACUGGCUGGGGACAAUGCUCAUCUCGUUCCAGAGCAUGGUUCAAAAGGACAAACCGCACAUCAAUAAAGACGAGCGGCCAAGAUACGCCAUUUAUCAGCGAAAGGAAGGCGGAACAGUCAUCUUCAAAGGCCGACAGGACCAACUCGAAGAUUGGGCUCGGUCAACGUGGGAGUACAGGCCGAGACUAGAUAAGAAUUGCCUACAUUGGAUGUGGAUAACGACAGGCACUUUGUCUGCAUUUUGCUCCGUGGCUUGUAUGGUGAACAUGCGCAGCUAUAUGCAGCUGGGAUUCCUUGGGGUCCUGGUCUACGCCUCUCUUGCCGAGAUCCUAGCGAUACGCAUUUCGCGCAGCUUGCAAAAGAAGGCCAAAGGCGAUGACAUCCAUGAGGCUUAUGUUUUAGAGAGUGAAACCAGAUCCAAGGCCAUCAUUCGGGCGACAUUGGAGAUAAAGCGCACCUGUCGAUUGGAAGGGUUGAACUGGAUAGAGCUGAAUCUCCUUCCGCCAAUGUUUGUGUUUGAAGAAAUGCAGAAGGUGCUC